AUUUGUAUUUCAUGAGAGCAAAUCUAAAACCUUGUAAGGACUAUCCAUAUUUAUUAAUUUAUAUUAGAAAUGUUCACAUUCUUGUUGAGAAACUUGUUAUUCAUUGUUAGCAGCCUGAUCUGCAGCCACUGGAAGGUAUUUCAGAGAGAGGAUACCAAAUUGCAGAAAGCUGCAGAAUUUUGUUUAAAAUGAGACCUCCCUUUCAUUUUCUUCCGUAUGAUUAUUGUCUUUUAGGUUUCUCUUUUCCCCUCAAUUUUUAAAAAUGUUCGAGGCAUGGGUUCCAUUUUAUGAAGUAAACAUUGAUUUGCAACUCUCAAAACAGAAAUUUAAGCGUUCUUUGGAGCAAGUGUUUUAAAGAGCUGGAGGUUUAGGAUGGGGAAUUGGAGCAGGCCCCUGUGCCACUGUAAAGAACCUUAACUUAUGGAAGAACGAGAGCGGUGCCGAGACUUCUCAGGGCGUCAAGCACAUCACGUUGACAUCUUCCUCACCCAGGCUACCGCAAGCUCCAGCUUCCGAGGGACAAAGGCCCUCUUGGGCCACAAGAGAGGCAGCCUGGAGAACAGGCUCCUGUCCCGCACUGCAGAGGUGGCCCUGGCUGCAACUUGAAACACCCCCCAGGUCUCUCCCUCUGUCUCUUAUUAGUACUGAGUCGUGCAGGGGCUGCAUCUUGGCAUCUGCUAAGCGUGGCCGGGUAAGAACAGCUCCCAGGUAAAAAAGCUGCACACGCGAAACGCUGAGUCUGAAAAAACCACCCCCGCCGAGGCGAGGCAGUUGUGAGCGGGAUGCCUGAGAAGUGGGAGGUGAAUGUCCUCGAGAGGGCCCCCCCGGUGCAGCUUUCCCCGGAGGCUGAGGCUGCUGCCAGCGGGGACAUCUGCUUUCUUACACUCCAGCCUGGCUCACCCCGCCCCCUCAGCCCGGGUUGCGUGGUUAUUUUACCAACACGGGGGGAGGGAGAGCUUGAGGAGGUAGGAGAGAGGUGGAUAGAAGCUCAAGAGAUGUUCUUCCUACUCCCCCACGUCCCCUCCUUUUUUCUUCACAUCUUUUAACCUUCAAGGUAAAGACUUGAUAAAUAUAAAACGAAAAGCGCGUCCGCUGGCUCCUAGGCCCGCCUUCCGCGCUCGCGGGGCUCUCGGGUGCAGGGCCUUGCCCUUCCCUCCGUCCUCCCCGGACUGGGCCGGGCCUAGGCGGGUCUGCCGGGCGCAGGGGCCGGCCGGGUGCGCUCAGCCUGUGGCGCCUUCUCUCCCGGGCUGCUGCCUCGACAGCUGCUUGUAGCUACAGUAAUUAGACUGUCAGUGCUUGUUAGAGGAGAGAGGGGAAAACACGCUUCUGACAGCAGAUUCCGAGACUCCCCAGUUUGUUAAUUUCUAAGAGAUCUUUAGAGCAUUAAUUGAGGUCUCCCCAACUCUCCCCUCCAGUCCCUCUCCCCAACUCCUCCCUUCCCAAAAAUAUCUUAAGGAGAAGAGAAUUCUCUCCGCGUGGAAGCGGUGUUUCCCGCAAAACUGCAAGCCCGCCCCCGACUCCCGCACAUACACUCUAUUUUACGUGUACACAUUUAUGCGCCCAUAUAUACGCGUAAGGUUAACUCGGCGGAGGCCUCGUCCAAAUAGGAACCGGGAUUGCAUUUAAAAUAAUAAUAAUAAAUAAAUAAAUAAACUAAGAAGGAAAGGGGGGGAGGGAAGCAGAAGUCGGGAAGAAAAGAGAAAAGCAGCAGGCUGAUUACGAGGUGUCAAAACUGCCAGGAGCAAGAAGGUGAUAGCAAUCAGGGGUGAGAAGAGUGCGGCAUUCGUGCGGGGCAACUAAUUAUCCGUCUCAUUUGAGAAGAGCAGCAUUUGAGGCAGCAGCGUUCGCCUGCUGAACGGUGACAGAUUGGCGCGGAGGAGAGGGGAGGUGUUAAAACAAUGGAGCCGGGCGCGCGAGCGCUGCUGCAUGCUAAUCAGCCCUCCCUCCGCCUGCCUGCCGCGCUCCCUCCUUCCUCGCGGCCUCCCUCCUCCGCGCUCCCUCCUCCCGCCUGCGGCGCUCCCUCCUUUCCAGCGGGCCCGCCGCCGCCGCCGCCACCCGCUUCCUCCUCCCUCGCUUUCCCGCGCGUCCUUCCCGCCGCUGGCGAGUGGAACCCAGCCACCGCCACCUCGACCACCGCGUCCCCUGCGGGCACCCUCCGGUGGCCCGGGCCGCACGCGCGCCGCCGGCGAGCGCUCCCCGCGCGGGGGUGCCGAGGGCCCGCGGGCCGCGCCCCGUCCAGGGAAGAGGCCCGGCAGCCUGCCUUCAAGCGCCCGCUGCUCUCUGCUGCUGCACUGCACGCGCUGGGCAGCGAGUGGGAAGCCAAGCGAAUUCGGGAAGGGCGAGCGACAGCCAGGGGUGGCAAGAGAGUUGGGGCCAGAAGGCAAAGAAGGCCCCUGGACGGAUGGCAGGUCCCCGACCCGGACCCAGCGCCGCUGCUACCGCCCCAGGCCGCCCGGGAGCAGCCGCCAGCCAAGUCCCCCUCCCUGGUUGAGCCCUGCAGACCCCAGCACCCUCCGCGCCCCAAUCAGGCCAGAAGGAUACCUACCCGAUUAAUAAGCACAGAGAGGAAAGAUAAAUAAAGGGCCUUUGCAUUAGUUGUGCUUCCAAGGCCUGACCUCCUGACCCCAAGUCUAGACUAAGGGACUUCUGGUCCC